AUGGCCGAACAAUAUUCAGCUCAGAGAAUCCCGGACUACAAUGCCGUCGAGGACUAUGGCCUCAUCGGAGACAUGCACACUUGUGCUCUGGUCAGCAAAGCCGGAAGCAUGGAUUUCAUGUGCUGGCCUGUCUUCGACUCCCCCUCCAUCUUUUGUCGCUUGAUGGACUCCAAAAAGGGAGGCCACUGGAGCGUCAAACCAACCGUAGGGGUGAACAAUCCGCUCAGCAAGCAGAGAUAUCUGCCCUAUUCGAACCUCCUUGAGACCCGCUGGACCAACGAUGACGGAGUAGCAACCUUAGUGGAUUACUUCGCCGUCACCCCGAAGCGAACCCACCAAACUGGCCGCUUAUUGACUGGAUACUGCCCUUGCAAUGAGCCCGGAGUCAACCGGUUUAAGUCAGGCUUGCGACACUCAGCAGUUGCCCGGAAAAUUGAAUGUAGCCGUGGCACCAUGGAAUUGCAGAUUGAGCUCUUUCCAGCAUUCAACUAUGCCCGUGAUUCCCACAUAACCCGCGCCAAACUGGAGGAUGACCUCUCGGAGCAUCCGGUGCAGACAGUUCAUUUCGAAAGUGAAACAGAGCGACUGCAACUCGCAAUCUGUGCCACUUCUUUGGAGCCCGACAUCGCUGGCUUUCCCAAAGCUCAGCUCCGGUUGGAGGAGAGGCCGGAGAUGCAAGGCCGGGGGUUCGUCGCGAUUAUAAAACUUUCGGAAGGCCAAGCCAUCCACUUUGUUCUACACAGUCCCGAAAUGAGCUUGCCUACGGGUACCGCCGUGCCAGGCCAUAUCAGGCGCUUGGAGGAAGAGACCUACGAUUAUUGGACCGAAUGGACGCGUAAAUGCACCUUCCGCGGACAGUACCGUGAAACAGUCGAGCGCAGUCUGUUGAUUCUGAAAUUGUUGACCUAUAAACCCACUGGUGCCAUUGUUGCUGCGCCAACUUUCUCCAUUCCGGAAAACGUGGGUGGGAGUCGCAAUUGGGAUUAUCGCUACUCCUGGGUUCGAGAUACCUCCUUCACCCUCUAUGUCUUCCUCAAGAUGGGUUACAGCGACGAAGCGGAGGCGUACGUCAAUUUCAUCUUCGACCGCAUCUUCCCGCACGCCCACGCGACCGAACCAGGCAGUAAGCGGCCAUUCCUACCGCUGAUGUUCACAAUUCGAGGAGAAUACGACAUCCCCGAGUUGGAAUUGAGCCAUCUUGACGGAUAUAAAGGAAGCAAGCCCGUCCGCGUAGGCAAUGCGGCCGUCUUCCACACCCAGUUGGAUAUCUACGGCGAACUGCUGGACAGUAUCUACCUGUACAACAAGCACGGCAACCCCGUCACCUACGACCAAUGGCUAGCCAUACGUCGGAUGAUCAAUUACGUGAUCGAAGUGCGCCACGAGAAGGACAUGUCCAUUUGGGAAUCCCGUGGUCAAAUCCAGAACUUCAUCUACUCCAAGAUCAUGCUCUGGGUGGCCCUAGACCGAGCAGUCCGUCUCUGUGAGAAACGCUCUAGUCUUCCCUGUCCAGACCGAAUCAGAUGGGUCCAGAUCCGCGACGAACUCUACGACGAAAUCAUGGAUAAAGGAUACAACUCUGACCGCGGCCACUUCUCCCAGAGCUUCGAGAGCCCCGAAGUUCUGGAUGCGUCUAUCUUGAUCGCGCCCUUGGUCUUCUUCCUCCCACCCAACGAUCCCCGUUUUAUCAGCACGCUCAAGAAGAUCCUACAAGCACCCGAGAAAGAAGGUCUCUCUAGUUCCCGUAUGGUUUUCCGAUACGACCACAAAAAAGCCAACGACGGCGUGGGCGGCCGCGAAGGCGCUUUUAUCAUGGUCACGUUCUGGCUCGUCGAAGCCAUGGCUCGUGCGGCAACCUACGACGUCGACAUCCCGAACCUCCGCAAACUGGCGCUUGCACAUUUCGACAACAUCCUCUCCUACUCCAACCACCUGGGCAUGUUCUCUGAAGAAGUGGCUAUCUCGGGUGAACAGAUGGGUAAUACGCCGCAGGCGUUCAGUCACUUAGCUUGUGUCAGUGCGGCGAUUAACUUGGACCGUUUGAGUCGGGGUCAUAAGUCGGAUGUAUCUUGA